GGUCUGUUACGUGACGUCGCGCCCGUCUCUGUGACAGCUGCUACGCCCCGAGGACUGCACGCGCUCUGCUGUCACAGGGGGCGGGGGGCUCUAUACAAGCUGCCGGACUCCGGACCCGCCCGCAGCUCACAGGCCGCCUGGCUGCCGGGCACCCAUGUCCCGCUCACCCCCUCAGAUCCACGCCGGCGGAGAGCCCACGGAGAACGGAAUGAAGCAGGAGGAGGAGGAGGAGGGGGCGGAUGAGGAAGACCUGGACGACGAGCUGGACGCGUCUCAGCUGGAGAGGUUCAUUCGGGACCGGAGGAGAGCAAAGUCCCUGCCGGCGUACCCGGCGCUGCUGAACGGACCCCACGGAGCGGAGGAGGGCAGGAAGCGCGUGAAGUUCGCGGACUCCAUGGGGCUGAGCCUGGCCCGAGUGAAGCACUUCAGCUCCCUGGAAGAGCCGCAGAUCCCCAGCAAGGUCCUGUCCCGGCACAGGAGCUUCCCCCUGGAGCAGCAGGACCUCCUGAGCAGCCUGUGCCACAGCUUCGCCGCCGGCCUGCGCGUGGACCUCCCGGAGCUCCGGGACACGGAGCGGAGAGUCCAGCGGCACCGGGUCUGCCUAGAGAGGCUCGCCGCCACGCAGCUGGACGUGCGGGGGCACGUGCGGGUCUUGAGCGGCUGCGCCGGCAAGGAGGUCGGAGUGAGGUACACCUUCAACGGCUGGCUGUCCCACAUGGACGCGCAAGCGGUGCCCGUGGCUGCGAACGAGCCGGGUUUGGUGGGGGAGCGCUUCGCCUUCACCGUGUACAUCCCGCCCCUCGCAGACCCCGGCUCCGCCGUGCACCUCGCCGUUUACCUGAAGUGCGAGGAGGGGGAGUUCUGGGACAACAACGAGGGGCAGAACUACACCGUCAGGUACCGCUGCGUGCCCGGCCACGCGCCCUUUGUCAGCGCCGCCUUCCACGCCACCUGAGCCGUGCAUAAACCUCUCCAUCUCUGCGUAAAACCUCUCCAUCUCUGCGUAAACCUCUCCAUCUCUGCGUAAAACCUCUCCACCCCUGCGUAAACCAGCUGCUGGGCACCUGUCUCUCUCUGUCCCGUGCUCAGAUCAGUGAAGCUGAGUUAGUCUCAGGCUGCAGGCCCAGCACGCCUCACCUCUGUUUCCUUGGUUUUAAACCUUUAGUGCCUUUUUUUAAACCGACCUCUGACACUGAGCCUUUGAUGUGUUUAGAGAGAGUUCCAGAUGUUUCUCUCAGAGGACGCUUUAAACUGCUGACAGUUUUUACAGGUAACCCAACUAUCCGCUCUUGGACUCCAGCUCUUGAUUUGAAGAAUAGAUGGAUUAACUGCUGAGUGCAUUUUCUGUCACGCUUGGGCUUGGUGUGACGUCACAGUGUAAUGAAACUGUUUGAUUUUUGUGACCUGAUUAAAAAUGAAGCUGCUCAUGUUCAGGAUGUCAAGUUUUGUCGUUUUACUCGAUGUGUCCUUUGAAACAAAUAAAAGUGACGCUGGAAGCCGAA